CUACUGCACAAUUUUUUUCAAAGCCAUUUUGCUCUUGCUAGUCCUCAUUUACAGUUUUGAAACUCUCACAAAUGCCACUUCUAGUUUUCCUGGAAAUACAACCGACCAUAGGCAUCACUUGCAGUCGAAGAAGGGAUAGAGUCACCAUCUUGGAUCUAGCAUCCAGCGGCUUGUCGGGUUCUUUGUCCCCUUUCAUAGGGAACUUGAGCUUCCUCCGAGAAAUCAGACUUAACAACAAUAGGUUUUAUGGUGAUAUCCCGCCCGAAAUUGGUCGCCUAUUUAGGUUACAUGCCCUCAAUCUGGAGAAUAAUUCUUUUGAAGGAAAGCUACCAUCUAACCUGUCUCACUGCUCCAACCUCAAUAUCCUCAACAUUGGUUGGAACAAUUUAAGGGGAAAGCUUCCAGUGGAGCUUGCUUCCAUGUCCAAGCUCAGAAAUAUUAUCAUUCACAAAAAUCAUUUUACUGGAGGAAUCCCACCUUUCAUUGGUAAUCUUACCGAUUUGGAAGGCAUUUAUGCAAAUUCUAACAAUUUUGGAGGCAGCAUUCCAGAUUCCCUUGGCCGAUUGAGGAGCUUGAGAGGUCUUGGAUUCGGAGGAAAUAAUCUGUUUGGUAAGAUCCCCCCAUCAAUCUACAACCUUUCAUUGCUUUCCUAUUUCACCUUAUAUGGUAAUCGACUUGAAGGAGAUCUUCCCUGGGACAUUGGACUCACCCUUUCUCGUGCAGAAACAAUUGACCUUUUCGGAAACCACUUUAGCGGGCAGAUUCCAACAACAUUAUCCAAUGCUUCAAAACUUGAAACUGUUGAUCUGGGAAUAAAUAAUUUCACCGGAAAGGUAAGAGUUCCUUUUGGGCAACUCCAGCAUCUUCAAUGGCUAAGUUUGACUUCCAACCAACUCGGAAGCAGCGAAGCUAAUGAAAUGGAAUUUUUAACUUAUUUGGUCAAUUGUACCAAAUUAGAAAGCUUGUACCUUGAUAGAAAUCAGUUUCAAGGAAGAUUGCCAGAAUCUAUUGGCAAUCUCUCAAGCCAACUCCAUCAGCUUUACUUAGGAGCGAAUAACCUAUUUGGAGACAUCCCUUCAGGAUUAGGGGCUCUUGUCAGCUUAGAAGAUUUGCAAUUGAAUGACAAUCAAUUUAACGGAAAAGUUCCAAAAGAAAUAGGUCAACUUCAACAGCUGCACAAUAUGGAUCUUAGUGGUAAUAAGCUUUCGGGAGAAAUUUCAAAUUCUUUUGGAAACUUAACACUAUUGAUUGUGCUUGAUCUAGGUGAUAACAGGUUAAAUGGAAGCAUACCUUCAAGCCUUGGGAACUGCCAAAAUUUGGGGAAAUUGGAUCUUUCACAAAAUGACCUUAGUGGCUUUAUACCCAAAGAACUUUUUAGCAUUUCUACUCUCAGUAUUACACUAGAUCUUUCUCAUAAUCAUUUAAUUGGAUCUUUACCUUCAGAUCUUGGGAAAUUGAGAAACUUAGGUACAUUAAAGGUAUCAGACAACAUGUUGUCCGGAGAAAUUCCAAAUAGCUUGAGUGGUUGCACUAGUCUAGAGUUCCUUUACCUCAAUAGAAACCAAUUUCGAGGUAGCAUUCCUGAAUCUUUGAGCUCUUCAAGAGGAAUUCGGAAACUUGAUCUCUCCGACAACAACUUAACAGGUAAGAUCCCUCGACACAUGGAAAAUCUUGCGUUGGAGUAUUUGAAUUUGUCUUUCAAUAACCUAGAAGGAGAGAUUCCAACAAAAGGCAUCUUCAAAAAUGCAAGUGCAGUUUUUGUUGAAGGAAAUAAGAACCUUUGUGGGGGAAUCACUGAACUUGGGUUGCCUAAAUGUAGCAUCAGAGCAACAAAGAAAGGAGAAUUGUCGCAUAUGCAUAUAAUAAUUAUAGUUGUCUCACUUCUGGGAGUAAUUAUUAUAUCUGUCUUCCUGCUUUGUUGGACUAAAGGAAAAAACAGAGAUCAGUCUUCUAGAUUCUCCUUGAAAGAGCCUCUGAGGCAACUUUCUUACCAAAGCCUCCUUAAAGCUACAGAUGGGUUUUCUUCAACAAAUUUACUUGGUAAAGGGGGCUUCGGUUCUGUCUACAAAGGAGUUCUCGAAGAAGAUGGAGCUCAUGUUGCAGUCAAAGUACUUGAUCUUUUGUAUCGAGGAGCUUCCAAGAGUUUCAUGGCAGAGUGAUUGGAUGCCUUUGUUCCUUUCGAAUUUGGUGGGAAAGGAAAGGAGUAGGAAAUGGACCUCCAUGUUAGAAAAGCAUUCCAGAUAAGAAAUUUCAUUAAAGUUAAAGCUGGAUUCUCCUCAAUCGAUGAUUUUUCUUUUCUUUUUGGUAAAAAGGUAAAACGGAUGGAAAUUACCUGCAAACCUCCUUUCUAAUUGCCAUACAAUCAAUUGAGUCCAAUAAAACAAUAAUUUUUUA